AUGAUCAAGCAACAAAACGGAGAUGCCAUGACAGAAACAUCAGAUGUACAUGAUGAUUUGGAUGCCAACCAUAAAAAUUUACAUGAUCCCAACCCGCCAGUGGUGGUGGUGUGGAAAAAUGUUGUAUGGAUGGCCUCGUUACAUUCUGGAGCACUUUAUGGACUUUUUCUGGUUCCUUCUGCAUCACUUUCAACCCUUGUAUGGACUGCAGUUUGCUACCUACUAACUGCACUUGGUAUAACUGCUGGAGCACACAGAUUAUGGAGCCAUAGAUCCUAUAAGGCUACUUUUUCCCUGCGAGUCUUCCUUGCUCUCUGUAAUUCCAUGGCCUUUCAGAAUCAUAUAUACGAAUGGUCAAGGGACCACCGUGUCCAUCACAAGCACUCUGAGACAAAUGCAGACCCCCACAAUGCCAAACGGGGUUUUUUCUUCUCCCAUGUUGGUUGGGUGAUGGUUCGCAAGCAUCCCUGCGUGAUUGAAAAAGGCCAAAAAAUAGACCUGUCAGACCUGAAGGCAGAUAAAGUGGUUAUGUUCCAAAAAAGGUACUACAGGCUGUCUGUGUUGAUUCUUUGCUUUGUUGUACCCACAUUGGUGCCCUGGUAUUUCUGGGGUGAAUCCUUGGUUGUGGGAUACUUCGUCCCUGGGCUCCUGAGAUACAUGUCAUUCCUCAAUGCUACCUGGCUGGUCAACAGUGCUGCACACAUGUGGGGCAACAGGCCUUAUGACAAGAAUAUUAACCCAGCUGAAAAUACUCUGGUCUCUUUUGGUACCGUAGGGGAAGGCUUCCAUAACUACCAUCACACAUUUCCCUUUGACUAUGCUGCCAGUGAGUUUGGCUACAAGCUCAAUCUUACCACUAUGUUUAUAGACUUCAUGUGCUUCCUGGGUUUGGCCUCAGACCGCAAGAAAGUGUCAAAGGAGAUGAUCAUUGCUCGUAUCAAGCGAACAGGUGACUACACCCAGAGAAGUGGCUGAUCACACGAGCUUUAAGCUUUGUAACUGAUGCCAGCGUGUAAAACCAAGACAGAACGUAGCAGCAUGAUUAGCAGCUUUUUGGUGGU